GCGCGGCGCGCGCAUCGAGACCGGGUUUCAAGAAACACUUGGCAUCCAAUUUCCACGAGAGAUUUGUCCUUGAAUUGUUACUUGUAUAAUUUAACAAAAUGGACGAUAGAAUUCAGGGAACAUUUAUUUCCGAAAAGAUAUCAAAAGUUCGAUGGAAGCCUGAGAGUGGUUUCGAAUCUUAUCACUUUGUGACAGGCAGUUGGGAUAACGAGGACUUAAACAGGGUAACUCUUUGGUCAUGUCCUGGAGAGGGGAUUGAUGAAAAAGAUGAUCCAUGUAUGGUCUGUGAGAAACCGAUCACUGGGGAUGUCACUGAACUGAAGUUUGUUCAGAAUGACCAAUUUCUAGUUUCCACCUCAUCAAGUUCAGUGGAACUUAUUAAAAUUGUUGGUGUUGGAGAUGCAGCCAGCACUGUUUUAAAACCGAUUGUAUCAUGGGAUAAGCUACAUCCAUUCAAAACUGGAGAGCUUGGUGCUUGUACAGGCUUUGCAACUUUCUUGACAGACGUGGCAACUAUUGGGGAAAAUGGAAGUAUUGUAUCUUUGAACUUAGAAAAAAGACAACCUAUCAGAAUAAUAGAAUCAGCUGAUAGCUGUUCCUUGCGAUGUGUUUUGUACCUACGGCACAGUGAAAUUUUAACUGGAAAUCUCCGAGGUCAAAUGAAAAAAUGGGAUCUACGAGUUGCUGAUGACAAGCCUCACAUGACGUUUAUGCUCUCUGGUGAUCAAGUCAGCUUGAGUGCUACUUGCAUUGCUCAGCACCCUACUCAACAGCAUACGCUACUUGUUGGUGGUGAAGACGGAUCCAUCACUGUUUGGGAUCUGAGACAAACGUCCUAUGCUGUUCCUCUUGCUGCUCAUUCUGGUUUAGUCAGCGAAAUGAUAUUCCAUGCGGACCGCCCCGAACACCUGUUUUCUACCUCAUCAAGUGGAGAGGCAUGGCACUGGGAUACAUCCUCUGUUUCAAGGUCGGUUAGACCUAAUCAGAACACUCCUUGGACAGGUUUUGAUCCAUUGCAAAAUGAAAACCCCUGGCUGAACACUGAUGCAGUUAAACAUCGCUUGAAUGUUGUCUCCUUAAUGCCAACUCUUCACAAGGGAAUUAACUCUGUCGACGUGAACAAAGAUAAAGCUGUUGUUGGCUGUGACAAUGAAGCAGUGUACAUAAUUACAGAUGUUCUUAAUUCGAGAAUGUGAAUUUGAAGAGACUUUUUAAUACUUGUGUAUCUUUAUGUGAACAAUAAAUUGUGUAACUAGAAAU